GGAGGCGUGGAGGUUGCGCAUCCGGCCAAACCAACUACUACUCUCCCGUGUUUUGCUGCAUAUAAAAUUCGUUUGAGUGCCUGCCUGAUCAGCUCAACUCUCUAUUGGUGCUUCGUUGUGCGGCCGCGCGAGAGCUAGCGAAAUGAGCCAGAGCCCGAGCCCGAGCCCGAGCCCGGUGGUAAAGCUGGGGGCGUGGGGCGGCGACGACGGGGUCGCCCACGACAUCACGGUGGCGCCGCAGCGGCUGGAGAGCAUCACCAUCCGCUGGGGCAAGGUCCUCGACUCCGUCGGCUUCACCUACAGGGACAAGGACAAGCGGCUGCACACCGCCGGGCCCUGGGGCGGCGCCGGAGGGGAAAAGGGUGUGCCAGACACGAUCACCCUGGGGCCCUCGGAGUACAUAACUCAAGUGGACUGGUCGGUGGGCCCGUUCAAGCUCAAGGAAAUCGAGCACUGCAUCACCUCACUCAAGUUUGUGACCAACCAGGCCACCUACGGCCCGUUCGGCUACGGGGUGGACAGCACGCACUACAGCCUGCCCGUGCUCAACAAUGGCAGCAUCGUCGGCAUGUUCGGCCGUGCCGGAGACUACCUCCACGCCAUUGGCUUCUAUGUCACGGCCGAACAAGCCGAGGACGCUGUCCAUGUCUGAUUUUCAACUACCCAUGUCCCAGAGAUCAGUCUCGCAUCUCGAGUUCCCAUGUUCAUUGAUCCCAUCCAUUGUUCAGCAUCUAAAUCGGAUCAGAAAACAUCUUAUAUUUUGAGACAGAGGGAGUACUAGUUGCUUCAACAAAUAGGGUAUCUGGCCAUGGCCGUUUGAAUAUUUUGCGAAUUUGAAUUACAUGACAUAUGAAGUUCGAGAGAAUAAAAGGCUGUAUGUUCAAUAUUUUGGACACCGAUCAUGAAAAGAAACAGAGUUCUAGUAUCAAAUGAA